GCGGGGCGCGCAGGGGUGGGCGCGCAGCGCAGCGCGGCGGGCAGGGCUGGGAGCGGAGGAGGGCCCUGCCCCGGCCGGCCGGGCUCUGCGGGUGUGCGUGGAUGGCCCUGCGAGGGCGGCGAUGGCUGCGUGAUGGCCCAGCGCGGGCAGCCCGCACCGCACGCCAUGGCUGCCAAAGACGAGCUCUACAGCAAAGUCAUCCCCAGGCGGAACCGGCAGCACCGCGCCGGGACCAUCAAACAUGGCUCGUCGCUGGAGAUCCUGCUGUCAAUGGGCUUCCCCAAAGCACGGGCACAAAAGGCACUGGCAUCAACAGGUGGAAGAAGUGUUCAAGCAGCAUGCGACUGGCUGUUCUCCCAUGUUGGGGACCCAUUCCUUGAUGACACCCUGCCCAGGGAAUACGUCCUCUACCUGCGCCCCACGGGCCCGCUGGCUCAGAAGCUCUCAGAGUUCUGGCAGCAGUCAAAACAGAUCUGUGGGAAGAACAAAGCUCACAACAUUUUCCCACAUAUCACCCUUUGCCAGUUCUUUAUGUGUGAGGACAGCAAGGUUGAUGCUCUCACCGAAGCUCUGCAAGCCACCGUGAUGAGGUGGAAGUGCAAAUUCCCUGCUCCUCUGCCUUUGGAGCUCUACACAUCCUCAAACUUCAUUGGGCUUUUUGUCAAGGAAGAAAGUGCUGAGGUGCUCAAGAAGUUUGCUGCAGACUUUGCUGCAGAGGCUGCCUCUAAAGCAGAUGUUCAUGUGGAGCCCCACAAGAAGCAGCUCCAUGUGACCCUGGCCUAUCACUUCCAGACCAGCCACCUGCCCACACUGGAGAAGUUAGCCCAGAACAUCGACGUCAAGCUGGGCUGCGACUGGGUGGCCGCGAUAUUCUCUCGAGACAUACGCUUUGUUAAUCAUGAGACUCUGCAAGUGAUUUAUCCUUACACCCCCCAGAAUGAUGAUGAACUGGAGCUGGUCCCAGGGGAUUUUAUUUUCAUGUCCCCAGUGGAACAAACCAGUACAAGUGAGGGCUGGAUUUAUGGCAUUUCCCUUGCAACUGGCUGUUCUGGGCUGCUGCCUGAAAACUACAUCACCAAGGCGGAUGAGUGUGGGACCUGGGUCUUUCAUGGGUCCUACUCAAUUCUGAAUACUUCACCUUCCCCAUCCCUUCAAGCUUUUGCUGAUGGAGCUCUGGAAAGAAGACAGCAGGAAGACCAAGGGCCUGGGGAUGCAGGACCACUCACCAUCAUCUGCCAGAACGUGCAGCCCCUGAGAAUAACCAGCCAGCCAGGGCCUCAGAAACGUUGCCUGUUUGUCUGCAGACAUGGGGAAAGGAUGGAUGUUGUUUUUGGGAAGUAUUGGCUGUCACAGUGCUUUGAUGCCAAAGGAAGGUACGUGCGUAGCAACCUGAAUAUGCCUCACAGCUUACCUCAAAGAAGUGGUGGUUUCAGGGAUUAUGAAAAAGAUGCUCCCAUCACUGUGCUGGGCUGCACACAGGCAAGGCUGGUUGGUGAAGCCUUGCUAGAAACUAACACCAUUGUAGACCACAUCUACAGCUCCCCAUCCCUACGGUGUGUCCAGACAGCACACAACAUCCUGAAAGGUAUGCAACAAGAGAAUAACCUGAAAAUUCGAAUAGAGCCAGGCUUGUUUGAAUGGACCAAGUGGGUGUCUGGGAGCUCACUGCCUGCCUGGAUACCCCCUGUGGAUUUAGCUGCAGCUACUCUAAGUGUUGAUACAACCUACAGACCUCAUAUUCCUGUCAGCAAGUUAGUGGUUUCUGAAUCUUAUGAUACAUACAUAAGUAGAAGCUACCAAGUAACAAAAGAAAUCAUCAGUGAAUGUAAAGGCAAAGGAAAUAACAUCCUAAUAGUGGCCCAUGCCUCCUCCCUAGAGGCUUGUACCUGCCAGCUCCAAGGGCUCUCACCACAGAACUCCAAGGACUUUGUACAGAUGGUCCGAAAGAUUCCAUACUUGGGGUUUUGUUCCUGUGAAGAACUGGGAGAUACAGGAGUUUGGCAGCUUACAGACCCUCCCAUCCUCCCCCUCACACACGGACCAACUGGAGGCUUUAACUGGAGAGAAACCUUACUACAGGAAUAGGCAAAGCUCCAUGAGGAAGGAAAACCCCACGGCCUUUUGAAGCGUUGGAGAAUGUCUCUGCUUUCUUGUGUUUAUUGACAGUGGAAAAAUAAUCAUCAGAUGUUCAGUGGAUCACAUAAACAGCUGUUCUAGCAUCUCUCUCACAUGGCCACAGUCAUGCAAAAAGAAAAAAAUCUCACAUACAAGUAGGCAAAUAUGGAAGGGAGUGAUUUGAGGGGG